AAACGAGUAAGGAUAGUAACAUAAAAUAUCGUCCAAGUUAUAAUAUUAGAUGCAUAUAAAAUAAAUGUACGAAGCAUAUUUGUAAUAAUAUUUUAAGAAGAUAUACUUCAUUCAGAAGAAUAAUUCAUUCAUAUUAUAGGUUUUACUUUUUGGCACUAGUAUUUUCCUGGUUGCUACCUAACAACGACAUUUGUAAAUAUUCAAUAUUGAGCAGGUGCCCGUAGGUGAAGAAAUUUGACAAUAUACAAUAAAUUUAGUUGAAUAGCGGUUAAAAUCAUAAUUCCAAAAUGCCAGCGGGAUCUCAAGGCAGUACUGGUCGGCCAAUUACCGAGGAAAUUGAUGAGCUUAAAUCCAAAAUCAAUCUUUUAGAGGGUGACAGGAAAGCAUACUUUGAAAAUGCACAAUGGACGAUGAAAAAGAACCAAGAAAAGGUUAAACAGCUGAGAAAAGACAACAAAGAAGUCAGACAGCGAUUAGCAGACAAACUUUCAGCAGAUGAACAUGUCAUCAACAAAGCUUUCCAGCAGAAGAAGGUGGACAGAGCCUCCAUGAAGAACAAGACAGGCAGGGAAGCCAUCACGACCAUGGAUUAUAAAGUGUGUGACACGAUUAAACGCCUGAAUGCACUCAAACAUCAAACAGCCAACAAGCAGAAGAAACUUGAAGAGGUCCAAACACAAUACAACCAGAUGGUGAAAGAUGCUUCUGAUGCGAUAGAGACAGACUCAGGUGAAUCACCAGAUGCUCAAAGGCUGAGGAAUCUGGAAAAUCGACUUGAUAAAUCUAAACUGAAGUGCAAUGAAGCAGACCAUAUUCGUAAAACAUAUGAACAGAUCAGAGGGAAACUCCAAGAGGAGCAUCUUACAUUUGAAAAUAAUCUUGAAGAGGUAGAAAAAGAAAUCCGCAGAUUGCGUACAGAGUGUAAAGAGAUGCGCUCCAUGCAAAAUGACGCUACUAUAUCCAAGGAAUCUGGUCAGGCAGAACUAAGGAAACAUGAAGAAGUUGUAUAUGCAGAGAGAAAGAAGAGAGAAAUUGAACUGCAAAAGAUGAAGAAAGAGGCGGAUGAAAAGAAGAUGCAACAUGAAAGAAUCGAAAAGAGAAUUGCACAGAGAGGCUCACUCACUCAGGAUGAGCUGACUCCAGCAGAGAAGGCUGCCCUCACAGGAGAAGACCAACAGCAAAAGAUCAGCACAUAUGAAGAGGCUUUCAAGCGCAUCAAGGAAGCAACUGGGGUGUCAGACACCAAGGAGGUUGUGAAGAGGUUUGAAAACCAGGGAGACACCCAAGCGCAUCUUGAAGAACUGAAGAAGAACUCAGAGAAACAAAUCUCCAGGUUGAGGGAGGAGAAAGAAAGACUACAACAGGAGUUUGAAGAAAUGAAAUAUUCUGGAGAGGCAAAAUUGUCAAGUGGUCAGCGAAUGCUAGAAGAGUUCCAGAACCAUCUUGCAGAGGAAGAGAAGAGACGUGAUGAGGCUCUUGAGAGACUGGAUAGAGCCAGUAAGAUCCUGAUCAGUGUUAAGGCUGGAGUGGAGCACCUUGCUGACAAGCUGCAACAUCUAAAAGCUAACAAAGGCCAUGUUCCAACAGCGCAAAUUUCAUCAACGUCAGAUGAAUACGUCCUUGAUUUGCUUUCUGUAUCAGAGGAAAAAUUACUAAAAUUACUUGAAGAAUUGGACGGCAAAGAUCUAAGUGAAGUGCUUAAACAGAUGGAGGAGGAAGAGUUCCAUGCAAACAUGGAGGGUAAGCUGCCACAGUACAACACAAGGGUGAAGUUACCACAAUCUCAAAGAGACAAUGUUUAUGAUGGUGAUGAUAGGAUGUAUGAUGAAGAUGACAGUGGAGAUGACGAUGGUGAUGUCCUAUCAAGAAACCACAUCAAACGUCAAGCCCAACAACUUGUGGACUCUAAAAAUAAGCGAAAAAUUGUUAAACGUAAGAAGAAAACAAAAUAAACCACCAAUCAGAUCUCAGAGUUUGGAUUAUAUGGACUGAGGAAGAAGUGCAUAAUGAGAAGACACGUUCCACUUCAACCCUUUGGAUAAGUGAUUCAGUGUUUGAGUUCCACACUCUUCUUUGUACUGAUAAACAUAUAACCUCACCAAGUCACGCAGCUAGAGCCUGAAAACUCUCAAAAUGGUUCUUGAUAUGGAAAUAUACAAGUGACUUGUGUUCAACACAGUGUGUUACUUUAACUAAAAUUGUACCAUGUGAGAGAAAUGUACCAGAAGACAAAUGGACCAGGUGAUUGAUAUAGAGACAGUAUGCUAAUGAAGCAGCAUUUAACAAUUCAAAAGAUCGCUAUUUUACUUUUUUGAACAUUUCAAAGCUAAGGACACUGCUUGG